AUGACGAUCAAGGAGGACGAGCAGCGAAGCAGCAGGCUCUGCGUGACAAGCCGACGCCCGCAGCCCGAGAUGCACUGGAUACAGACGCAGCUGGUGGGUUACGCGGGGGUAGCGAAGCCGCCGUAUGCGAAAGGAGCCCUGGUGGAGAAGAGCAGCAGCGACGACGGCGCGUCGACGACGAGUGCCAAGGCACAGAAGGAGGAGAGCGACAAAGAAGCGGCACGAGUGACAACGACGAGGUCUGGGCCACGAUGGGUGCCGGCGCGAGUGAAGCAGCCGCGGAGGUUGAGCGUGGCACGCAACCGGGACGCCCCCGUGGACAGAAAUAACUGUCGAAGGAAAGUGUUCGAGGAGCCGGACGACGCCGGCAAGGUCGAGGACGAUCUUAAAGCCGGGGAUGGGGUGGCCUACGACAGGGACUUGACGAACUCGAGCGGGCGGUCGGUCGAGGUGAUCGACCUGAUGGCCGAGGAUGGCGUGGACGACCCGGCGAGCUCGGUGACGUCUGCCCUGGACGAGAAAGAAGAUUAG